GUCAUUUUAGUCAGCACUUGACAUUUGUUUAACAAUUUUAUUAUUUGAAAUUUAUAUUUGUGUCUUUUAUAGUUGCUGUAAUAUGUAGAUGUGAGUUAUACACUUAUAACAAGAUUUUUAUUAUGGAAAAAUACGAACAAAUUUCUAUGGUUGGAGAAGGAUCUUACGGGUUGGUGAUGAAAUGCAGGCACAAGGAGACGGAUCAGAUAGUCGCUGUAAAAAAGUUUCUGGAAACCGAAGAAGAUGCAACUAUCCGAAAAUUAGCUCUUAGAGAGAUACGAAUGUUAAAAAGACUGAAGCACGAAAAUCUAGUAACCAUGAUAGAAGUAUUUCGACAUAGAAAAAGGUUCUAUAUCGUUUUUGAAUUCCUGGAGGGAACUGUACUGGAUGAACUAGAAAAAAUGCCUGGUGGACUAGGAGAUGACAGAACUAGGGAAAGAAUAUUUCAAGUUUGUAGAGCCAUAGCUUACUGUCACAGCAAUAACAUUAUACAUAGAGAUGUCAAGCCUGAAAAUGUACUAGUGUCUUCUUUAGGUGUAGUAAAACUGUGUGAUUUCGGAUUUGCCAGGGUUCUUAGUCUUAAUGGUGAAGCUUGUACUGAAUAUGUAGCCACCAGGUGGUACAGAGCACCAGAAUUACUAGUUGGCGAACCAAUAUAUGGAGCACCUGUCGACAUAUGGGCUAUAGGAUGCCUUUUUGCCGAAAUGAUGACAGGAGAUCCACUGUUUCCUGGUGAAAGUGAUAUAGAUCAACUAUAUUUAAUAGUAAAAAUGCUAGGUAGACCUUGUCUAAGGCAUCAGCAUCUAAUGUCGAAAAAUAGCCAAUUGCGACCAAUAAUAAAGACACCUUCUCAGGACACUGUAGGUUUUUACAAGCUUUUUCAAACGUGGCCUUUGAUAGCUAUAGAUUUCUUGAAUGGAUGCACCAAGAUGGAUCCUCAGGAACGAUUAACAGCAGAAGAAAUGUUGAAGCAUGUGUUUUUUACGCAUGAUAAAUUUCCACAAAGAUUUUUACCCGCCUUAAGGGAGAAAGUCAACAUAGAAUUCAGCGCACCCCUUUUAAGAAAACUAAAAUCCGAAGUCCUACUUUCGACAGAUAAAAAAGAAGAAAAAAAUCGAAAAAUUACAAACGAAAGGUGGAAAUUUUCUCUUCCUGAAGGAUCAAUGAAAAGAAAAUUGGGUUACGAACCCAGCGAGCAAUGGGCGGAUAAGAAUCUCAUUACAUUGGCAAAGACCAGUCAAAGAUUGAACGUUAUAAAUAGUUCUAGUAAUAGCAACAGUAAUAGUAACAGCACGAAAAAUCCUCAUCAGCACCAGGUACUAACCAAGCAGACAUCUUUACAGGCCAAACAUUAUUCGACUAGUAAGUCACAGAUCAAACUGCAACACGAUAUGCAAAUUCUAGAAAAAUCGUUAGAACAUUUAGUGAGAAUAAAUAAAAAUGAGAAUGAACAUACGCCCAGCUCAGAUCAUCAGAAGGAAUUGGAGGUAAAUCAAAAACACCAAACCCAAACUCAAAGCCAAUCGCCAAUAUAUCAAACAUUCCAUUUUGGUUUAGGUGAUAAUAACAAAUCACCAAAUAAUAACGUACUACAUCCUAGUAUAAACAAUAUAAGUUUCAAUAAGGAACAGCCAAAGAAAUCACCUAACGCAUUACAUCAUAUGAACGCUUCCUCAAAGAUCAAUCAGGUACCACUUUUGUCACACCACAGAGCCCAUUACAUGAAGAAACUAGACAGAAAUGUCGUGGUGGAAAAUAUAUUUGGACAAGGAGACCACGCAAACAUUGGACUAAACAGCGUCACUCCGCAUUGGUUCAAUAAUUUGACUUCCAAUAAUAACAAUAUUAAGAAAAAGGAUAUCAAUAAGUCGAAAAUUGAUGAUUUCACAUUGCCAAACCUACCUGGAGCCACUAUCUCACCUAAUAAAACGAAAAAGAAGAACAGUAUUCCUGAACUAGAACUUCCAAUAUCUACUGAAGUUUCACCGAGAAUACCUUCAACAGCUUCACAAAACUCGCCUAUCAUUUAAAAACAUCCUACCAAUUACCAAUAGACACUAAAGCUUUUGUAAAUACCAAGCUACAUACAUAUAACAGGGUGACACACACCAACAAAAAAAUCUACUGAUUGGAUCUGACCUUAAUUUUAUAUUCCUUGAUUUAUUAUCUCUAUAUAUUCAAUUUGUAAUAUCUUUUUUUUUUUCUUUGUGAUGCUGCUAUUAUUCCCAAUUGAACUAAAGUAUAAUUAUUUUAAUUUUUAAAAAUAUCCAUGUAAGAUAUCGAGCUGUCUAAUGAGCCAGGGUGUAGAUUUCGACUUUAGAUACCCAAAAAUGACAGAAAAUCUAAUUUUCUUGUGAAUUAAAGUGACAGAUAACAAAUGUCAUUGUUGACAGACUUUGUUGAUCACGAAUGUAUCAAUAUUAAAAUAGUGUAUUGAAUUGCAGUUCAAAUUCAGUUUGUUGAUUUUCCUGUUAGUAUGUCAUCACCUAUUAAUCGACUGCAAUAGUGAAACUCUAUACUAAUU